CUCACAUGCAUUUAACUCCUCCGCAUUUUAGUCUAGUCAUGAUUUUUGACUAGGUGGUGCGCAUGCCUACUACAUACGAGAUUUUGCAGCCUACCUCAAGGGGGCUGAACGACUGUCAGUAUAAGUAGAGCUUUAUUCCUACGAACACACCUCCUUUGAGGAGACCGCUCGCAAGUCUAACCUUUAUUCCUACCAGAGAUUGCACUGCUUUGGUCCACUCGAGGCAGCCGUUCUUCUAACGCCAGGCUAGAUCAAUCGGACACGUUAUCUGGCUUCUGAAUCCCUCGAAGUCGAGUUCCUAUGAGCUGACUUUGGAGUCGACUCAAAAGUCAGCUCUGGCUUGUGAAUCCCUCGAAGUCGAGUUCUUUUUAGCGGCUUCCGGGAUCGACGGAUAUCCUGGCAUUGUUGAUUGAGGAGAUUUUUGACAUUGCCGAUUGGAGGAACUCUUUCCGCCGAUAUUAGGGUUUCAUCUGGGCAUGAGCAGGGUUCUUAACAGGCCGAGGUCCUCGUACUAAGGUCCACGGGUUGUGUAACCUCCAUACUGCGAAGACUUGCAACCAUGCAGGACCCUCCGAAGCGGACCUCAGGGUUAUUUACCCUGGCAAUUGUAGCAGCAUGGUACAUAAGCAACAUCGGGGUGCUGCUGCUGAAUAAGUUCCUCCUGAGCAACUACGGCUUUAAGUACCCCAUCUUCCUGACCAUGUGCCAUAUGACCGCCUGCUCCCUCUUCAGCUACAUUGCCAUUGUCUGGAUGAAGGUCGUUCCGUUACAGCCACUCAAGUCAACCUCCCAGCUACUAAAAAUAUUCGCUCUCAGCGCCGUCUUCUGCUUCUCCGUGGUGGGCGGCAACACCUCGCUGCGCUUCAUCCCCGUGUCGUUCAACCAAGCCAUCGGCGCCACCACCCCUUUCUUCACCGCCGUCUUUGCCUACCUCAUGACUCUCAAGCGGGAGGCCUGGCUCACCUACGCCGCUCUCGUACCUGUCGUCCUCGGGGUCGUCAUCGCUAGUGGUAGCGAGCCCAGCUUCCAUCUCUUUGGGUUCAUCAUCUGCGUGUCGGCAACAGCAGCCAGGGCACUCAAAUCCGUGCUACAGGGCCUGCUGUUACAGUCCGAUGGGCAGAAGCUCAAUUCCAUGAACCUGCUCUUCUACAUGGCUCCCAUGGCGGUCCUCUUGCUUGUCCCAGCAACCCUCAUAGUGGAGCCAACCGUGCUGGCUGUUGCUGCCAGGAAGGCGGGUGAAGACUGGGGGAUCGUCCCGCUGCUGCUUGUUAACUCCUCAACUGCCUAUUUCGUGAAUCUGACCAACUUCCUGGUUACCAGAUACACCAGCGCGCUUACCCUUCAGGUGCUAGGGAAUGCCAAGGGCGCAGUUGCAGUCGUCAUCUCAAUCAUGAUAUUCCGUAACCCUGUAACUCUAUUGGGUAUGAUAGGAUACGGAAUUACUGUAGCGGGGGUUGUUUUGUACAGUGAGGCAAAGAAAAGGACAAGCUCUAUAAAGCCUGACAGACUACCGGUUGCAUUAUCAACUCGUAGAAAGCUUAUUCACUAUUAUUGAUUUCCCUUCUCGACCAAUUGUACCUCACGUUGGGAUUUCUGGAGAAAAACGAUACGGUACU